UGUACGAAUUUUUGUUCGUUUCAUCAGGUUGGGCCGACUAUAUGCUAUGAGAGUAAGUACAUCGCAUGCGGCUUGCAUGUGCCGCCUCUUGUAAGAACGCUUGCGCAGUAUUAGAGUUUCGGCAGACAGCUCGCCGCUACGGGUGCAUCUCGCGGCAGUUCGCGGUCGCCUUCUAAAGCAAGCUCAUUAGUCGCUCAGAGCAGCACCGGCACCGCGACAGAUUUUUUUUCUUACCCUUCUUUUUUCAUACACGCCCGUCAAUCGUUAAAAAUCUUUAAGAAAUCUAUUCGACUAAUCCCUUUCCCUAGUUGGUGUCACUUCCUUUUUCUCACACAAACACACACACACACACACAUACACACAUUUUAUCUUUCACUUUUACCUUUAUUACACAUUAAUUUUCUUUUUCUAUUUUUCACACAUACAAUCUCUUUCUAUGUCUCACGGAACUUUUGUUUUUUCCCCAUUUUGUCUCAUUUUCUUUCAACAUAUACAUAUAUAAAUUAUUUCCUUCGUUCACGUAUCCACCACGUUGUAUGGUUGUAACAAUACGUUGAUAAAGGGAAUAGUAAUAAAAAGAAAAAAAAAAAAUUGAGGAAAGUCACUUUGGAUCAUUGGAUUGGAUUGGCGUGCACGUGCGAGGUAGCUAACGAAGUACGGGGGAGCGUCGAACUCUGAACGCGCGUUACGAUUAAAGGAAAGCGUGCAGGGACCCGAGUCGAAUGUCACGGACUAGGUCGAUCUAAGUGUCGUGGCACUAAUAAAGAUCGGAAGAGUUUACGUAUGGAACGAUGUUAAAUCACGUACUGGCAUAAAUUUUCUCAACGUGAGCGAGAGGAUCGAGCCAUUUAUCUGAAUAGAAGAUUGUCCUUGUGAGGUGAGGUCAAAUUAUAGAAACAUAGAAGACGUAACAUAUAGACGGACGAAGAUAGAAAUAUAGACAAAUGGAAAGACUCGAUUGUUUUUGAUUGGUCGUAAUAGAAAAAUAAUAACGAGUGAAGAAGAAAAAAGAAAAAGAAGAAGAGGAAGAAGAGGAAGAGGAAGAAGGAAGAGUAAAAGGAGGUUGAAGUUGUAAAACUUUCUCGUAGUAAAAAAAAAAGAGUAGAACGUGCUUUCGGGCAAGCUCUGUGUGGGCGUCGAGGUGAACGUAGGUCAUCGACACGACGUCGAUGAAGAUCUGAGGAAUAAUUGGAAGAGGACAUUGGUAACCAAAUAGAAGAUCGGGUAGUAGUACCUAGUAAGAAAGGUCUUCUGUUUCUUUUUUUUUUUUUUUUUUGUUUUUUUUCUUUGGUUAGUUGAUUGUUAUUGUUGUUGUUAUUGCUAUUGUUGUUGUUGUUGUUGUUGUUAUUGUUGUUGUUGUUGUUGUUAUCGUCGUCGUCGUCGUCGUCAUCGUCGUCGUCGUCGUCGUCGUCGUCGGCCGAUGAUCAACGUCGAGACACCGACGUUCCGACAUUAUACACUCAAGUUCCCGAUGCUGCAGCCACCCUCUCCGCUUUUGGAGAUGGCGUCCCUGCGUUUACCGGACUCGGAGGAGUUCGACGUCGACACGCGUCGUAGGAGCAACAACGGCAACAUGCUACCUACGACGGUAGCCACUACUCCACCAGUUACCGGUACAUUUCAACAGAUCAAGAAUGAUGUUGGUGAUUAUUUAAAUAAUUUAUUGGUCGAGGCCAUUACCAUUAGCCCUAACCGUGAUAUUGGAGCACCCUCUAUCGAGGAUGAACAAACUGGACUUUUCAACGCUAGUAAAACGGAAAAUAAUUCGACGAUCGAGCAAUUACCUGAUCGACUCUACAGGCAUACCAUGGCCAUGUCAGCGGUUUAUUGCGUGGCUUAUGUUCUCGUAUUUGUCGUUGGUCUUAUCGGGAACAGUUUCGUAAUAGCUGUCGUUUACCGUUCACCAAGGAUGAGGACCGUCACCAAUUUCUUCAUCGUCAAUCUCGCUGUCGCUGAUGUAUUGGUCAUCGUAUUUUGCUUACCGGCAACACUGAUGAGCAACAUAUUUGUCCCUUGGAUCCUGGGAUGGUUCAUGUGUAAAGCGGUUGCUUAUAUACAGGGUGUAUCGGUUGCAGCUUCGGUUUACAGUCUCGUAGCAGUUUCACUCGACAGGUUCCUGGCAAUUUGGUGGCCACUAAAAUGUCAGAUAACAAAACGACGGGCCAGGAUGAUGAUCGUUGUGAUUUGGUUCAUCGCAUUGACGAUAACAUCGCCUUGGUUGGUGUAUUUCAACUUAGUAUCGAUUUACGAAGAUGAUCCAGAUUUGAGGUUAUGUUUGGAGACAUGGCCACGUCCCGAGGAUGGUUCCCUCUUCUUUUUGAUUGGAAAUUUGACUCUAUGUUAUGUAUUACCGAUGAUCCUGAUAUCACUUUGUUACAUAUUGAUCUGGAUAAAAGUUUGGCGUAGGCAUAUACCAACCGAUACGAAGGACGCCCAAAUGGAACGGAUACAGCAAAAGUCAAAGGUGAAAGUGGUGAAGAUGUUGGUAGUCGUCGUUAUCCUAUUCGUCCUAUCAUGGCUACCUCUUUACGUAAUAUUCGCAGUAAUAAAAUUAGGCGGUGAUGUUGCCGGCCAAGAAGACGAGAUAUUACCUAUAGCAACACCAAUAGCUCAAUGGCUCGGUGCAAGCAAUUCCUGUAUCAAUCCGAUCCUUUAUGCAUUUUUCAACAAGAAAUAUAGACGCGGCUUCGUCGCGAUAUUAAAAAGCGGCCGUUGCUGCGGUAAAUUAAGAUAUUACGAAACUGUAGCAAUGAUGUCCUCGUCAACGAGCAUGAGAAAGUCAUCCUAUUAUGUUAACAAUAACAACAAUAACAAUAAUAAUUCGUCAACGAGACGUGCCCCUUGUCAUGGACCACCUGUUCAUCAGGAUAGCAAUGUAUCUUAUAUAUUCAAUCACAGCGGUGUUUAAGAAUGAAAUUAAAAAAAAGAAAAAAAGAAAAAUUAAAAAGGAAAAAGAAAUAAGAUGUCUAGAUUGAUAACGGGACGACCAUUUUGCACCAUGUUCUGCAUCACUCAGAGAAAGAGAGAGGGAAAGCAAGAGAGGAAAGAGGAAAGAGAAUGAGAUAGAAAUAGAUAUAUCCUUACACGGUCGAUCAGAAGGGAAUAAAUCGAAGAAGGUGGAGAUGGAGAUGGAGGUGGAGGUGGAGGUGGAGGUGGAGUUGGAGGUGGAGGUGGAGAUGGAGGUUGAAUUAAAGGAAUAGGUGAAAGUAUAUAAAGGUUGCUGCUUUUAGUCCAACGACUUGGUGUAUUAGACUUGAUCGGGUCUCUAGACUCUGAGGCCUGAGCGCCGAGGAUCACUCAUGAAUUUUUUUUUUUCUCUCUAUUAUCACAACGGAGAGCGCCGACACCGAGAUUCUGGGUCAUCCCAAUGAUGAUCGUCACGAUUGUUACUCGGGUCGGAAGUCGAUGAUGAUAAGUAGAAGAAGAAGAAGAUACGAAGAAAAUAUAAAAAUAGAUGAAAAGGGCACGUUCAGUUAAUUCGACGAUACGAAUAUCUUACUAUUGACUCGUUACAUCAACUCGAGUAUAUUUAUCGAGGAUAAAGAAAAAAUGGAUGGAUGGAUGGAUGGAUGGAUGAAUGGAUGAAUGGAUGAAUGGAUGGAUGGAUGGAUGGAUGAUGGAUGAUGGAUAAUAUAGAAUUAGAUCCAUCGACGAAAGAACAAUACUCCGGACACGGUUUACGAAUAAACGAAGAUUUUUCACGUCCUUGCUAAUUAUCGGGGAUAUUUGCUGAUUAAUUUUUUUGAAACAAUGAUAUGUAUAUAUAUAUAUAUAUAUAUAUAUAUAUAUAUAUAUGUGUAUGUAUGUAUAUGUAUAUUUGUUUUUUCGACGAUCUUUACGAGAACGUCUCUCUUUUUCUCAAAGCGAAGAAAAUUUAUUCAAAUAUUGUCAUCUGUUCGAGAGAAAAAGAAGAAGAAGAAGAAGAAGAAGAAGAAGAAGAAGAAGAAGAAGAAGAGGAAAAGAUAAAAUAGUUAAAAAUAAGAGCUUAGAUUUUUCUUCGCAUACCAGAGAAUAGAGAGUUAGAGUUCGUUUUUAUUGGAAUACUAAUUUCACGUGGAUCGAUUGUGCUCGAUUAGCAUAUUAGAAAUUAGACUGUCCAACGAGAACUUUUGUCAGUACACAUAUUUCAUGUGAUUUUCAGCGAACAUAAUAAUAAUAAUAAUAAUAAUAAUAAUAAUAAUAAUAAUAAUAAUAAUAAUAAUAAUAAUAAUAAUAAUAAUAAUAAUAAUAAUAAUAAUAAUAAUAAUAAUGCAUAUUAAUAAUAAUCGCAUACACAAAAACAUACAAACACGCAAACACAAACAAGGAUACAAAAUGCGAAAUAAAAAAUAAGUGUUCGACAGUACGUCGACGAUCCUUCGAUUUUUUGUGGUCACUGCCUAAACAGUGUUGAAACAAUUGUUACCAAAAAUUUCAUAGAUUGCAAUAACAUCAUAAAUGACUUUGGACUCUGGAAUUUUUUAAUCACUUGUAAAUCGAACGAAAUAUUGAAAGUCCAGAGAAUGUUUCAAGAUGGAAUUUAAAAAAGAAAAAAACAUUUCUAAUGACAUUUAACCAAACGCGUUUAGAAACGCGCCGGUCCACGCACGCAAUGUGAAUAUUAUUGUGUACUUAUAUAUAUGUAUAUAUAUAUAUAUAUACAUAUAUACUACUGUAUUGUCUAAUACAUACAUAAAUAUAUACAUACAACUUUAUCUUAGCGAAAAUCGACUCUAGUAGAGUAUAUACUACUUAUAUAUAU